CUGAUAAUUCAAAGACCCAAUAUUAAAUUUGCGGGAUUUUUCACCUUAACCCGAAUACAGCCGACAAAGCAAAUCCUGAAACAAUAUGAAUUAUUUGGAAUCAAAGUUGAGUCGAGACCACAGUUUACUGUGGAGGGCAGUGACGUCACCCUCAGCUGUACCAUCUCCAGACUCCCGGAUACCGUCAGUCUCCACUGGAAACCAGUGGGCUCAUCCCAGCAGAACAGGAGAAACACUGAUCAGAUCCAGCUGAAUAACACCAUCUAUCUGAUGGUCCGACACGUUACAUUGGAGGAUGGGAAGUUGUAUCAGUGUGAAGUGCGGGAAAGCGGAAACAUUGUUCUCACAAACAAAGCAAAUUUUACUGUAGACAUGUAUUUAUAUCAGAAGCAUUACACCCUUUAUCGUCCCAGCACAGAUUACAGUGAACUCCAUCUGCUUUGCUAUUCUACUUUUUAUUUCUCUACUGCUGUGUGGAACUGGAAGUCACAUCACCAACAGGACCACCAGAAACAAAUAGCAUCUGUAAAAUAUUCUGAGCCCAUCAACGUCAGCCGCACUGACUUUGUGAAUCGACUGGUGACCUUGGAGGAACAAUUCGACGGCAAGAAUUUCAGUGUGAGGAUUGCCCCGGUUUUGUUUGGAGAUGCCGGAGUUUACACAUGUUCUCUGGCAUCAAAUAUAUUUCCGACCAUUGAGUUAAUCACAGUGAAAGUCACAGCUGAACUGUCUGACACAGUGACUGAGGGAGGCAACGUUACCCUGAACUGCUCUGUGUCUGACGUCACUGCAUCAACAAGACUGGUUUGGAUCAAUGGAGAUGGUGAAACUGUUGGAGAAAAAGUACUGAAUGGGGAGGAGAAAUCACUGAGUCUGAUCAUACAGAAAGCUGAGAGAGACAGAGGGAAAUGGAUGUGUGGUGUGUUUGAUCAAGACAGGCUCCAGAUUAUCGUCCCAUAUUAUCAGGAGCUCAAUGAUUCUCUUGGGAGUAUCAUGGAGCCAAGACAACAUUGAGUAAUG